AUGCCGAGCUUCAGUGCAAGAGGCAUCACCGCCACGCUCUCGAUAGCGCCUCUUCAGGCAACUCUCUCCGACACCAUCAACCUCGGCGACAUCUCGCAACAAGAGAAGCGCGUCAAGAAGGCUUUUGACGCUGGACAAAAACUGCGCGAGAGGCCGAUUGGACCUAUUGGACCCAAUGAUAAAGCCAAAAGUCCGGGCGUGCUGCAGUUUCUUGGCACGGAUGAAAGCACCCCCUUCCUCAUGGCUGAAGCAUCUGAGCGCUUGCCAAAUGCCAUCUCACGCGAGCAGCCACUGCCCAGAAGCUCUCCAUCUUCACCUCGGGGCGCUAUUCCGACAUCUCACUCGCUGGCAGAAAUGUCCGCCUCCCCUGCGCUCGCCAUUCACCCAGCGCAGACGGGCAUCAACCUCGAACAAGAUCCGCAAGCGCUGAUGUUGACCGUGGCAACUAGGACCAGAACACACAUCAAGAGUCUGGCUCCCCAGCGGACAGUUGUCAAAACGCCAGACUUGAAGAUCGAGGUGUUCUUGAAUGGCGCCUUGAUGGGGAGCGAGUACAUCAACCCUAGAAGGGCGAAUGUCAAUAUCAGCACCAACGUAGAUACACGCUUCUCUGGCAUGCGCAUCCACCGUCAGAUAGAGAAGCCGUGGGUGUAUCGGGAAGCGGGGCAAGCAAUAGUUGCUUCGCAGACUGCACAGAGUCGUUGGGAUACCAUAAGCGCUGCGCUUGCAGAAGAAGCACACGAUCGAGGUGUUGACGAGGAUGGCAGUCCGUCACCAAGCGCUGCGUUUCUGAGCGCUCUUGCCACAGUGCCGUUGCCCGAGCAUGUGAAGGACGCCUCGCACCUAGCAGUGAUCGACAUCGUGAUCAGCACUGGCAAUGGCAAGAAGCACGGCAGUGAGAGUGGCUUUGUACUUGAACCACUUCGCAUGGAGUCUAAGAGGUUCAAGAAGGCCGCGUGUCAGAUGCCAGGAGAGACUCCAGCACCGAACACAUUACGCUCAACAUCGCCCGGCGUUCUAGUUGCACAGCGUGCAGGCGAACCACCGAAGAAGAAAGCCAGGCACCGAUCUGGACGAGUCGACUCACGCAUAUCGCCACCAGUGCACGACCAAGAUCGCGCCGAUUUGGCCCUUGAGCUCGGCGCGUCUCCCACGGGCAGGCUGGUCAAGCAGAUAGCUCCAUCGUUGCCGGUCACUCCAUCAGCACGUCGGCGUCAGAACGGACUGACCCAGAAUGGCACUAUCCAGUCGCCCAUCAAAAUAAAGAUAAACACCGCUCUAGGUACAGCGAAGAGCUGGAUUAAGAAGCCACUUCCAACUUCGAGUGACGACUAUGCUGCCGGCGGCAUGACGGAUGGUGAUCCUUCUUCAGAGCCGUCGGACUCCCUGCCGGUACAGGCACAUACCAAGACGAGUCGCAGUGCGAAGGGCGAUCCCUACACUGAUGAAGAGGCCCUCGAGAAUUUUGAGCCGCCGGAGCUCUGCAAGGGAAGUGCUGUGAGCUUUGCUGGAGCGAGCAUGUACCGUAUGGUGCCACGCUGGCGACCUGGCUACUUUGAUGAAGAGGAGGUCGUGGGUGGCAUGAGGAUCGUGGUGACAUAG